GGAGCCUGGCCAAUAGGCCGACCAAUAGACCAGCCAAUAGGCCGGCCUACGGACGCCGCGCCACGCCACGCCACGCCAGGAUCGGCGCGCGCGCGCGAGCCUCACGCCGAUAUAUAAACGCACGGCGUGCGUGUGCCGCAUCAUCACGCCCCGAGCAGCUUCACACUUCACUUCUCACUCCAACUUCACACCCCGCCAUGUUCGCCAAGCUGAUCGUCGUGAGCGCGCUGGUGGCGGCCGUGUCCGCGAGCCUGGCCGCGGACCGCUACCCCGCCGGCCUCAACCCGGCGCUCUGCCCGGGCUACCCUCUCUGCGACAACGUGCUCCUGGCGCUGCACAGCAACGGCCAGGCCCCGGUCGCGGUGCCCGCCACGCCCACCGUCUGGGGCGGCCGGGAGUACCCCGCCGGCGUCUCCCCCGCCUCCUGCCCCAACUACCCCUACUGCAACGUGGGCGUGCACGUCGCUCCGCUGCCCGGCUUUGCCCAGCGCGAGUACCCCGCCGGCGUCUCGCCCGCCGCCUGCCCCAACUACCCUUACUGCCACUGAUGACCCCCCGCCAAGCGCGCCUACAAACUGAUCGCCCUCCACAAGGAAUCUUCCUCGGCGCUCAGCCCCCGCACCACUCGUCGUACGCCCGUCGGCUCUGAUCAGCAUUUCUCGCCGUGUUGGCGGUGAGAAAUGAAAUGGUCGAGCCGACUAACCGCAGUCGCGCCCCCCGGUGCGCCCGUCGAGUCGUGUCGUGGCCGGCCUGUGCCAGAUGAGGCCCUGCAUCUGAGGGUUGUUGAGGAAGAAAAAUUGAAAUAAAACCAAAGCUUUUCA